AACAAGAUAAAGUAAAAAUCAAAGAAAAUUCAUUUUGCUGUAAUGGCAGCUCCGACGCAGCUCCUCCACUCCACCGCCGUCAAUCACACGCUCCUCCCCUUCCUCCGCCGCCGCAAUCCCCUAUUCCGACGUGCUGCUUCCUUCGCUUCGUUUUCCCUCCGCCGCAAGCUUCCGUUCCGACCGAUACUCGCGCAGGCGCGGCGGAUCUCUUCUGCCGCCGUAGCUAAAGAUGAAUUAGUAGCUUCCCCCGCUGAUUUGCAGUUUAAGGGACCUCUUGAGGUGAUUAAGUAUCCAGACCCGAUUUUGAGGGCGAAGAACAAGCGAAUUGACUCGUUUGACGAGAGCUUGAAGAGGCUUGCCGACGAGAUGUUCGACGUAAUGUACAUAACUGAUGGUAUUGGGCUCUCAGCGCCUCAAGUCGGGAUUAAUGUCCAGCUCAUGGUGUUUAAUCCAGCUGGUGAGCGCGGUGAAGGAGAAGAGAUUGUUCUCGUAAAUCCACAGAUCAAAAGAUUUUCGAAAAAGAUAGUACCUUUUGAAGAGGGUUGUCUAUCAUUCCCUAAAAUCUAUGCCGAUGUCAUGAGACCAGACUCGUUGAAGGUUGAUGCACAGGAUAUUAAGGGUGCGAGGUUUCAGAUCAACUUAACCGGACUUCUUGCCCGGGUGUUUCAGCACGAAUAUGACCAUUUGCAGGGAGUCCUUUUCUUCGAGAGGAUGAGCGAUGAAGUUCUUGACACUGUUCGUGCACAGUUACAGGAACUGGAAAAGGAAUACGAGGAAAAGACCGGAUUGGCGAGCCCUGAGAAGAUUGAAGCAAGAGAAAUUAGGAAGAAAGGUGUUGGGUUUGGGAAAUCAUGAUCUUACUCUUUGUUCAUUUCAUCGAGGAAAUCUUGGUCUUGAUGGGGUGAUGAAUAAUUUUAGGUCACUAUAUUAUUUGGUUACUCUUAUGAUUAUAUGCCACUGUUAUUUUAUUGUCUUAAUAUAGUUUAUAAAUUAUAAGUAA